AUGAAAGGCACAUUAAAAGUCAAAGGAAGUGGUAUACCAGAAUUAAUGUCUUUAAUUAAAACGAUACGAAAAGAACGACAAAAUAUUCUAAAUGGAAACAUCACAGACAUACUGAAGGUGCUGUCUACAACCUCAUGCUUCAAACAAGACACUCUAAAGGAGUUCCUGGAUGACCUUCUCGACGAUGAUGUUGAUGGUGAUGACAAUACUGACGAUGAUGACAGUGAUCAAAGUAAAGACGACGUUGAUGAAGAUGAUGGUAUCCUGGAAAAUUUAGAGGUUGAAAGCAUCAAGUGUUUAUCAUCAUCUCUUCAUGAAGAGACAAUAUCCAAAUUAUGUCGACAUUUCUCUAGAGGGCGAGGUAUCAAGAGCUUUAAAAGGUUACUGGCUGCAGGUAUAAAGUGUGUUAGACAUAUUGUGUCAAUUGGAGGCAAUGGUGAUGAUGAUGAUGAUGACGGUGAUGAUAUCGACGAGGCUCAGCAAGAGUUAAUUAUUGAUCAGUUAAAGAAGAAAAGGGUCGAGGAUUGGAAUGAUGAUGAUUUUGAAGAAGCUGUAUUGGGAGCACCUGAUAUGAUCGAUGAUGACAUUAUCGACGAUCUCGAUGAUGAUAUUUUCCAGAAAAAGAUCGAUGCUUUGGGUAAACUCUUAAAGAAAGGCAAGGGAAGACCAGGUUUAGGAUUGGCAAUACAACAAAAAUUACGUAAAAUCAAACCCAUUCAAGACAUGACUGCAGCCGAUAUCAAUAUGAUAGGUGUGGGUAUUCGAGCCUUGGAUACUGAUGAUAUAGACGAAAUGGAUGAUGACGCUCUAGAAGAUUCUGAUCUUGAUUUUGAUAUUGAUGAUGAUGAACCUCUAGGAUUAGCUAUCGGCCGAAAACUGAAAAACAAAAAUAGAGCCCCUGGUUUGCUGAACGCUGCUAGUGUGAAAAAAUUGUUCAAAUUUAUAAAGAGUGAUAGAAAUUACAUCCAGAAACUGAACCCACAGGCUCUUGCUGAUGCUUUAGAUACAAUUGGUCUGGAAGAUCUUGACGACGACGAGGCUGCAUUAAUUUGUGAAAAAAUCCAAGAAUCUGACGACUACGAUGAGCCUGGAUCACUUACUAGUGUACAGAUCGGAAGACUUGGUAAUGUACUGAAAGGAUGUGGCGAGGAGUAUAUACGUGGGUUACCUAAAUCUGCUGUCAAAUUAAAUUUAGAGAAGAUUGCUAACCUAGACCUCGAUGUAUCUGAAGCACGCGAAUUGUACAAAAAGAUGGAAUUUGGAGAGCCAAACAGUUUUAAUGCUGAAAUGAUGAAGCAUAUGAAGAAACUAUUUAAGGCUUUAAGGUCUGAUGAAAUUGAUGAUAUUGACGAUGCUGUCUUUGGUGAUAAUUUGGAUAUAUUAGAUGAGUUUGAUUUAGACGAUGCUGCUGAACAGCUAAUGAUUGAAAAGAUCAAAUCUGCCAAUGCUGGAAAAUUGCCAACAGCUGUAUUGAAAAGUAAACAUCACCAGGAAGCUCUGAGUCUUGAUGAUCUUGAAGAUUUAGAUGAUAAUGCUUUAACCGUCGAAUUAGAAGAGCUUGGUCAGGUUGACUGGGAACCAUCUUUGGCUGCACGUCUGGUAGAAAAAUUGAAGAAGAUGGAGAAUAAGAAGUUUGGUGCUAGGGAUUUAGAACGUUUGGGUAAAUUGGCUGUUGGUUUAGGAGAAGACGAUAUUGAAGAUCUAAUCGAAGACAGAGAAGAAAUUCUAGCUAGCGCCAGUGUACUUGGAGAUCAUGACGACGAUUUAACUGAUGGUCAGAGUGAAGCUAUGGCUGAGAAAGUGAAAAAGGUUAUUGGUACUGUAGAUUUAGAUGAAAUAGACUCUAUCAGAGCAGGACCCUUUAUUAUAUAUUUGGAUGAUGACGAGAUCGAUGAGAUAAAAUUCACACCAAAAGGCGGCAAAGCUUUUGUUAAUGCUCUCGCAAAACUGAAAGCAAACAAAAUAGACCUACUGAAAUUAAAGUAUUUGGUCAUGAAAUCAAAACAGUUGUUGAAAGCAGCUAAUAACGAUAAUAAUGAUGACUUAUCAGCAGAAGAAAUCAGAGAAAUGGUAGGAAGUUUAUUGGGUAUGGAUGAGGACGACAUCAGAAAGCUUUCUAAGGCUGCUUUAAUGGGAAACCUUAUGGCCUUCAGUAAAUUGCCUGUAACAAAAGAACAAGCUGAAGCAAUCCUAGAUAAAGUUGAGGAAUAUGAUCCUGAAUAUAAAUGUAAGAGCGACAGAUUGGCUCAACUUGGUAAUAUUUUACGAUAUUUAUCUGAAGAUAAGAUAAAAGCAUUGUGUAAGUCGGAAACAGCUGCUGCAGUAUCAGCCAUUGUCAAGAAUAUCGAGGUUGUGAAAGAAGCACGAGAAGAAAGAAAAAAGAACGGUUUAGGUCGUGAAGAGAAGGACGAUGGAGAAGGAAAUAUCAAACCACUUGUAGAAAAAUUAAAGGACUCGCUUGAGUCUGAACCAGUUUCAGUUAGGAGACGUCGUGCUACCUCCUCAACUUUAACCUGUGACCAAGUUAAAACUAUGGGUAAACAAGCUACCAAACUUUCAGUGGAGGAGUUCAACAACAUGGCAGCAAAUGAGUUUUCAAAUUGCUUGGGAACAUUUGGACAGCUUAGUGAUUGGUCUGAUGCACAUCUAAAUGUUUUACUGACAAGAGCUGAGACGGCCGUGUAUGCUCAUACCACAUGGAAUGCUGAUACUAUUAUUCGAUUAGGUAGUAUUAUAGCCGGUUUAAAACCAGAACAGAUGAACAAACUAGAUUUAAGUACUAUCGACACCAUGUCUAGUUCUGGAAAACAUGGUUUAAUGUCCAUGGAACAGCUUAAGUCAGGAUUCAAGAGAUGGCUAGCACUAUCAAAGACUAACGAUGCUAGUUCCAUUACUGGUCAAGAAUUAUUUUCCUUGACUGAAUAUGUUUGCGGUGCUGAACCUGCUCAUAUUUCACAAAUAACAGUUGCUGCUUUCAAACAUGCUAUGAAACCAAUUGGUGAGGCUAAAUCAUGCACAUUAGAACAACUUAAAGCCUAUACCAAACGAGCUGUCGCCGCUUAUGGUGGUCAAAUAAAUACUUGGGAACCCAGCGUGAUCAAUCAUUUAGGACGCACUAUCGGUGGUUUCGAGUCAUCCCAUGUGUCUCAGCUACAGAGUAAUCAAAUCAAUGUUAUCAAAACAGAUGUCAUACCUACUUUACCCACAGAGAUGUUAAAGGCUUUCAGUGUUGAUCAGUUGAAACAUUUCAGUACCAAUCAAGCUAAUGCUCUUACUAAAGCGCAAUAUGAUUCGUUAGAACCCAGCCAGAAAAAGGUUAUCGAUGCUAAGGCAACUGUCACCUUUGAUCAUUCAGGUCCAAAUGGUUCUGCCGGAGUGAGUAAUUUGAGUGUAAUAGUGGUGAUGAUUUUAUCCAUGGUACCUUUAUUAUUUUAAACGGUUUACCUACAACCACCUACCUUACCAUUCCACUACAUAAAACUAAUGACCAGUAUAAUAUCAUUCAUAAUACCAUUUGCCAAAUGGCUAAAUCUGUAUAUGAAGCCAAUAAACUUGAUAUUGAGUAAACCUUCAAAGUCAAACUUGAUUCUAUAAAUGUGUUUGUAGUAAAUUUAUCUUCCUACUUACAAUUCUCAUUUCAUUGACAUUCAAUUAUCUUUUGACUUAUCAUGAUGUCAGAUAAUAAGGUUUCAUGUAUUUAAACAGUACUUAUAUGAUAGUCUGGAAUAUUCUGAAGACGGAUCAACAUCAUGUUUUUGGCUGAUACAAUUAUGAAUGAUUUUUCUCCGAUCAAAUGUAAAUGUAAAUUAAAAUAUUUACUAUUAUUGUAGUAUAAGAUAUCAUUGUAUUACGUUUUAAACAGUAGAAUUCCGAAGAGCAUACCAGAUUGAACCAUACAAGAAAAUGCUUUCACUUUUUUUUUGUUUUAUUAUUAUUUUCAUUAAUUCUAUUACAAUAUUGCAAAACCGCAAGUGCUAAAUGAUAAAAUGUAUGUAUGUACAAUAAAAACAAGUACACAGUACUCACUGUUAAACAGAAGUUAAUGCAUGAAUUAUAGAGUGAUCUAUAUAUGGCAGAACUACCAGCUAAAUUUUUUACUCAAGUUCUUACAUAGCUCAAUACUGUAAGAACUGAAUGUUUUUUAACAUAGAAAUUACAUAAUAUAGAUGUUUGUGCCUCUGCUCCGAAUAGCCGAAUUUAUAUAGAUAUAACAUAUAUCACACUCAUAAUAUUAACACAGAAUAGUGCCUCUAAAUUUUCUAUUUCAUUUUUGUGUGUAUAGAUGUGUUUUUGUAAUUCAAUCAUUAUGUAAUAAAUUAUAAACUUUUCAUAUGUUCUAGUCG